GCUGAGGGCGGCGCCGCGCAGGCGCAGUGGCGGCCAUGGCGACCUUCUUCGGCGAGGUGGUGGUGGCCCCGUCCCGGGCCGGCCUGGACGAGGAGGAGGAGGCGCGGGAGGAGACGCCCGAGGACCGGGAGAUCCGCAGGGAGAUCGAGAAGAAAAGGGAGGUGGAGGUGCUGUGGGCCUGUGCCGAGCAGCCCCUGGUGUGCUCCAGGUUCGUCGUGGCCAUCGGGCGGAACGCUGCGGCUUUCCUGUCGUCUUUUAUCCUGGAUUCUGUGUGCUGGGAAGUGGUUGGGGUUGUGAAGCUGUGGAAUGAGUGGUGCAGAACAUCCAGCACCACAAAUGUGCUCCCCACAGACUCUUUCUGCUUGUUCUACAGAUUGAUAUCAGAUCCCACAGUUUUAUUGUGCCAGUGCAGUUGCUACGUGGCUGAGGAUCAACAGUUCCAGUGGCUUGAGAAGGUUUUUGGCUCCAUGCAGAAGAAAGGCUUGCAAGUGACCAUCCUUUCCACGUGUCCUGUAGCAGAUUAUAAAACUCAGGAAUCCACUCUGACACUUGUAUCUCCAUUCCUGAAAGCCUUGAAGACCAAAGAAUUCCAGGAGCAGGUCUGCUGCCCGCUGCUGGAGCAGCCCAACAUUGUGAGGGACCUUCCUGCUGCUGUGCUGAGUUACUGCCAGGUGUGGCAGAUCCCUGCAGUGCUGUACCAGUGCUACACUGAUGUCAUCAAGCUGGACACGGUGACCAUUGAAGCCUUCAAGCCUCUGCUCUCUUCUCAACUCCUCAAGAGUUUAGCCAAGGAUGCCUCUGAAAGCACAAAGAUUUUGAAGAAGUUCCUGACAGCCAGUGAAACUCACAAUAACAUCUACAUCUGACAAGGACAGCUAUGCUGCACUUUUGUAAACUCCAGUUUCUUCUCCAGAGGACUUCUGGGAUUUUUUUUUUCUUUGAAGCAGAGUAAAUUCCAGUAGAUUUUUACUUUUCCACUCAUUUUUGUUGCUUUUAACUUCAUCACUGAACACCCUUCUGCAUGGCUUGGAAGACUUUUUUCUGGAGUGACUUCAGGAAAGAUCUCUUGGAUAUGAAAAGCACCUCCUUUUUCUCCUCCUGAAGGGAUUGUCUUACCUAAAAGUAUUCCUUUUUUAUUUUACAGAGGAAAAUGCAGACAAGGAAUUCUGUCUGUAUCUAACAGGACCUCUCCCUUUUUUAGUUUAUUUUGGGAGCUGAAGGUUUUUCUAAUAUUUGAUAUUGUUAAAAGAUCUGUUUGUGAUCAAGAAAAUGCAUUCUCUGUUCUUUUCCAUCCACAGAGAAUUUUGCUUAUGUUUAUUUAUGGCUCCGUAUUUUUAAUGUAUAUAUUGGUACAAAAUGCAGUAAUUAAAGUAUGGUAAAUGCCUUUAAAACUUGCUAGUGAAAAAUAACCUCUCCUGGUCAAAGGGGCUGGCAGGUCACAGGCUGCUUCAGCUGGAUUUGCUGGGCAAACUGAUUUAAUUCAAAUUUGGGCAAUGGUAGGAAUAAUAAAAGAUCUCUUAGAGCAUGUGAUUUUUAGAGGAAAGUAAAAGGCUUUAAAGUGUCUCAGAAAAUUCUCUGGAAGUUGGUAACAAUUUCAGCAGUUUAUUUCAAGAAUUAACUAGGAUUGAGGUGCAGUUCUGAGUUGUACUCUGUUUAAAUUAACAUUUUGUUUAAGAAAAUUUUAUUGAAGUAUUAAUUUGCUCCCUGCUAAUUCUGUUCUCUGCUGGGUGCAGCUUUGAUUUACACUGGAUAUUUCUGAACAGUGUUUUCCUUCCCAGAGCUGUCACUGAUUUAAACUUCAGUUCAGGUAAUUACAGAUGAGCACAUCUUGCCUAAAGUGGUGCUGGAUUUUGGAACUGGAUUUUGGAAAAUUCUGAAGCUUUGCUGGGGUUUUUUCCCCAUUUUCUGUCCAUCCUUUUAAUUCAUAAAUUGGUUUUAUGUGUGAUCUGAACUGACAAUUCUGUUGUUUUGAAAGUUGGCUGCACCAUUUUCUUACUUUUAUGUGUUUGGUUGGUAAUAAAUAAAGCAGAUAACAAGAAAUAUCUUUAACAGUAAAUUAUGCAGACCCUUAGAGGAACUGUGAAUGUAUUUCUGGUAUUGGUGUGGUCACCCAGGCACUUGGCAAUGUUUUAAAACAGUUACUACAUUACAUUUAAUUCAGUUUUUACUACCUGGCUUUAUGCUGGGGUGUGAGAUGCUCCUAAACACCUUGAAUAAAAGUGGGAAACAAAACCAUGGCAGCCUGGGAGAGGAAAUCAGACUGAAACCUGGAGUUCUGGCAGAAUUCCUCAAGGGUUCACUAUUCUUUCUUGAAACCUCUCCAGAGCAGGAAAUGUUUAGGUAGAAUGUAGUAGGGAGGUACAGUAGGGCAAUGAAGUAACAGAUUUUAAUUUAAAAUUCUGCCUUUUCCCAUAAUUUGAUGUAGGAAGCAGCUCAUAUUCACCCCUUAAAUAUUUGGAAGCCUCAGAACUAAUGACGAACUGUGUCUCACGAGAUGUGAGUGUUGACUGAAGAUUUUUUUCCAUAUUUGAAUGUUGCUGCCUUUUUUUAUUUUCCUUUCUGUGCUCUCCAGUAUCUACCAAGAGGCUGCAGUGAGGCUUUCUUGUUUCCCAACAGCUGCUGGGUGUAAUCCUGGUGGGAGUUCACCAACUUCACACUUGUCAAAUGUGGCAGAUGGCUUCAGAGCUGAGGGGGAGAAGUUUGAAAUGGGAUUGUGUAAGGCUUGGUUUCCUGAGGUAUUAGCUAAAUGCAAAUUGUGAAACCAGAGUAAAACUGUGAGACUGGAAGAGGAUUUUUUUCCCUUUUUUUAAAGACAUUUAAGCCAUUUAUUACCUUUUUUUUAGAUAAGACUGAUCUGUCUUCUGCUGAAUGUCUUCCAAACCAAGGGCUCUUCUCAAGUCCACUCUCCUUUGUCACACUGCAGAAUUUAUUUAGUGGGCAGAGGUGUUUUCCCAUUCCUGAAGGCUCUGACUCCCAAAGUGAUGUAGCUGCAAGGUGCAUUUUGUGGAGGCUUCUUUGCUUUUGCCUUGGAAGCUGUAGGAGUCUGUGCAGUGCAGGCCACGGGUGUGAGAGCAGGUUUUUUGUACAAAGGUGCAGUCCAAGCCAGGUUUGGGCUGGAAGGGACCUUGGAGAUCUCAUUCCCAUCCCUGGGGACACCUGGCAGGGACACCUUCCACUGUCCCAGGCUGCUCCAGCCCCAGUGUCCAACCUGGCCUUGGGCACUGCCAGGGAUCCAGGGGCAGCUCUGGGAAUUCCAUCCCAGCCCCUGCCCACCCUGCCAGGGAACAGUUCCUUCCUGUUACCUAAUUUUUGGCACUGGGAGCCAUUCCCUGUGUGCUGUCCCUGCAUGCCCUGGAAAUUGUCUCUCUCCAGCUUUCCUGGGGCUCCUGCAGGCCCUGCAAGGCCACCCUGAGCUCAGCCCAAAGCUUCUCCUGUGCAGGUGAACAAUGCCAGCUGUGCCAGCCUUUCCUGCCAGCAGAGCUGCUCCAUCCCUCUGCUCAUCCUGGAGCCUCCUCUGGGCUCUCUGCAGCAGCUCCAGCUCCUCCUGGGCUGGGACAGGGCUGGGGCAGCUCUCAGGUGGGCUCUCACCUGAGAGGACACAGGGACACAAUCCCAAUCCCUCUCCUGCUGCCCACCCUGCAGUGGAUGCAGACAGGAUUCUCAUCAUUCCCAUUCCUCAUCCCACUGCACACCUCCAGGAAACAAUUUAAUUCUUUAUAGAUUCCAUGCUCACAUUGGCUCUACCCUGCAAAGUGCUUUGUUGCCAAAGCUGCAGAGGAAGAACAUCACUUCUGACAUGUAAUUCUACAAUUUUUGUGCCAAAAAAAUGAAAAAGGCAAGUAUUUUGUUCUACGUCAUUCUUUCUGAUUUGUUUAAUGUUCUGGAUUGUGUCUAAAACAUUGACAGAUCUAAACGAGCUAAAAAUAAAAUGAAAGUCAAAGAGA